GUCAGACACAGGGUAGGCGGAGAACGGAGAAGCUGCGUGCACAGUGCAGGCGGACAACUAGACACUUCACAUCUGGACUGACGUACUCAGUAGGAAAUGGCUGCUCUAACUACGAGAUUACCGGAGCUGAACAUCACAGACGCUUACAGUGACCAAAACUCCACAAAUGAAACGCAGUGCAUCGAUUUAAAUGAUUGGGAUUGGCUCACCCGCCACCAGCCAGUCUACUUGUUCAUCAUCACGGCGCUGGGAAUCGUGUUAAACGUCUUCGUGCUGCUGGUCUUCUGCCUCCACAAGAAAGCGUGCACGGUAGCUGAAAUCUACCUCAGCAACCUGGCGGCUGCCGACCUUGUCCUGGUGUCUUGUCUGCCCUUCUGGGCCGUCAACAUCAGCCAAGGUUUCAACUGGCCUUUUGGAGAGGCCCUUUGCAAAGUGGUCAAUGCAGGCAUCAAGAUGAACGCUUACUGCAGCAUCUACUUCCUUGUCCUGGUUAGCAUGGAUCGCUACGUGGCGCUGGUGCAUCCGAUGUCCCACGGGCGAAUGCGUCGUCCCAAGUAUGCCAAACUGGGAUGUUUGCUGGUGUGGGGCUUGGGCUUGUUACUGAGCGCUUCAACGCUGAUUUUCAGGGCGGUGAAGUAUUUUCCAGAGUUUGAAGUUCGAGCUUGCAUCUCGGAUUAUCCGAGCCAAAUGGUAGAGCUGGUCUGCGACGGGAUGCUGAUCACCUUUAGCUUCAUCAUCCCAAUUUCCAUCAUCACAUUCUGCACCAUCACAAUCAUCCGGGCGCUAAAGAAACAGUCACUUGCGAGGUCCAAUGCCCAGAAGAGUGAGCAGAAGGCCACCACGCUGGUGCUGGUCGUCCUCGUAGCCUUCCUCAUCUGCUGGGUGCCUUUACACUUCAUCGCCGCACUAGAUGUGCUCCAUAAAGCCAAAAUGUUGGUAGGAUGUGCCCUCGAAAGAGUUUUAGCAAUUUGCGACCAGAUCUUUGCCUACUUGGCUUUUUUAAACAGCGUCGUCAAUCCUAUCUUGUAUGUCAUUGUUGGGAAAAAUUUCCGGAAAAAGGUUCAGGAAGUCUGCAAACAGUAUGCCGUCAGCCCGGUGACGACCGCGUCUACUCGUUCGAACACUUCCGCAACACUGAAGACUUUCACGUAAGGGUGGUUUCAGGUACAUGUAGGUCUCCUUAAAUCCCUCAGGGGGAUGUUCCAGAAUGACAUUCCAAAACAGAUACUCAUCUCAGCCAUGAAGCAUUUUGGCAUUCAAAGAACCACAGAGGAGGAACGCAAUCUUACCAAUCUAGUACAAAGUGCUAAACAAUAUUAUCUAUUAAAAGAUGUCCCAUUUUAGCAAGCUGAAAGGCACAGCAACAUUUCCGUUCCACGUUUUGGCAGUCACUUGUUGCUAGGCAGAAUUUAUGAGGCGGUUUGUUGUUGUUUGUUUUUUUAAGAAUUAGCAAAGAAAGCUCACAAUGAUGUUUCUUUGACAGCAGUAAAAGGACAACAUAUAAAAAAUAUCAAAAUAAACAUGACACAUUUCGCAUGUGAUGAUCUUAAAUCUACAUUAAACACAUAUCAGAUUAUACAGUCAUGACUAGUUAUUUAAAUAUUUCUCUUUUAGCAGGUUUUCUUUUUACAUAUUUCUAUUAUUUAAUCUGAAUUGUAUUUAUUUUUUUAAUUUGGCCAAAAUACAUUUGUAGAUCAGUUAAAACAAUGGGUCACAUGGUGGUUGGGUUUCUUCCCACAUCCCAAAAACAUGCAUUUUAGGUUUGUUGGAGACUAUAAAUCAGGGGUCGACUCAGUUUAACCGGGGGCCACUGGAGGUAGAGUCCGGGGGGAGGCUGGGCCACACAAAGUAUUUACUUCACAAUCACAUUUUAACCACAUGACUAAAACUACUUAUUUCUACUAGCAGCUAUUGUGACCCUGAGUUAUGGCAGGCCUUAGGUUAUUAUAAAUGUAAUGAAAACAUUUUUCAUUUUGACGCUUUUGAGUU